AUGGAACAUACAAAAUCUGUCCUAAAUAGCCAGAUUCACAUUGAUUGUCAGCUUUGCCAAGGAAGAAAUACAAUUCAGUGGAAAUGUGUGAACUGUCAGUUUUUAAUGUGUACCAGUUGUAAAGAUAACAUUCAUCUAAGGAUUACUAAAGACCAUCACAUUAUUAACAUUAAUGAUAUAGGAGAAUUAGAUUUUGGCCAAAGUUUUAACUUUAGAGACGUGCAUUGUAUUGAACAUUCUGAACAGGUUUGCUGCUCAUAUUGCAGAACUUGUAAAAAAGUUGUCUGUGUGAAAUGUGUGAUGAAAGUGCAUAAUGGACAUGAGUUUGUUGAUGAAGAAGACUUUCUAAGUAAAAAGGAAAUAUUAUGGGAAGGACAAAAUAAAGUAAAGAAGAAAUUAGAUGAACUGUGUAAGGUAGAAUCCAAAAUGAAAGAGAUCAAAGAAAUAGAGGAAUCGGCGUAUAUCAAAGCGAAACAAGAUAUGCAGGACAACGCAACACUUGAUGUUCAUCAGUAUUAUGAAAAACUCAUUAAAAUGGACAAACAAAUGCAAUCGGUAAAUCAAACAAUUUAUACAGAAUUGAGAAAUAUAAACAGAGAAAAGGGGAAGCUUCAGGAGAUCAUUGGUAUAGUAAACCUGAUUAAAAGUUCUCAAGAUAUCUGUCAGUUCCUUGGAAACUUUGAUGGGUUGAUAACGUCAAUGAAUUGUGAGAUUGAAACAUUUCAUUUUGGUCAGCUUAAAGCCAAAAGUUUCUGA